GCUGAAUUUCCGACAAACUGAGCAAGAGGAAGCAAAAGCCGAGGCAUACGAAAAUGGGAAUUAAAAGCGCAGCCGCCUCUCAUCAUCAUCAGCAUCAUCCUUAGCAUCGUCCUCUGCAAAACACUCACGCACACAGGGAAUUAAGUUGAGUUCGGAGUUCUGAGUUCUGGGUUUUCUGAGUUCUGUAUAGUGAGUUCCCGGUUCCGAGACAUUAAAGAUGCCGACCAAUGCUGAGGAUUCUGAAUGUGGCGCCGGCCAGGGAGACAAUAUAAAUCAUAUCACUCACACACAAAGCAGAAGGGUAGGGGAAAGCUGGAUCGCAGCCUUUGUUAAUUAAUUGUGCAGCACCUUUUCUGGCCCUGAAUUUUCCUUUUCUCAGAUCCGAAAGUCAAAGCAAACUUUGCAUUUUUAGGAGGAGGGACCAAAUUCUACAAUAUAUUUUAUAGUAUCCCUACUAUUUAUAGGGUUUCAUUCUGAAGUAGUUCGUUAGAUCCAUGGCUUUAGAGGUUCUGUUUUUCCUGGCGAUUCUGCCAAUGGGUAGAAAUGAAGGAGGGGAGUGUACAACUGGACUUCUGGUGCAACCCCAGCAGUGCUACCCCCAUGAGGAGAUCUUUAUGAAACCCCAUCCCAUUCCCCUGCAAAGUAUCACCGCCAAGAGGUUGCAACUUCCCUGGUGGUGCGCCCUCUUGGAGAGCCUCUUCCUGCUGCUGCUGAUGAAGCUGCUCCAGUUGUAGAGGAGCCCAGGUGAGCCACCACCUUUCCGUAACUGCCGCUGAUGUAAGCCAACAAUGGAGCGAGCCAAGUGGAGGCGACAAAUGUCACACAUGCUGCUCGUAACUCGUAAAUUGUAAAUCACAUCGGAAACUGUUUUUUCCCGCUACUCUUGCCACACAUGAUAAUUUGUGGAGGUCUGGCCUAGGUGAUUCUAAUUAAAUUGUUCAAAAUGUUACCAGCGCGCUUUUGGGCCUGGCGCUGGAAAAUCGCUGACAAAUGUUUCCGUCAAAACACAGAAAAAGUUUUCAUUUUGUUUUGUCAAAGUCCAGGCCAAAUACUAUAGCACCCACAGGUGGAUGGGCACAGUGGUAUGGGGUCUAUUGGAAUUUAUAUAGGAAAAUAUAACUUAAGAUUUGAUAUUAAAAAUUCAAUCUUAUGAUCUAAAACCAAAUGAUUUAUUAUGAAAAAUGUUUAUAACGUAUUAUCAGUUCAAAAAAUGUUUAGAAAAAUAAUAAAUUCAAAGAAAGAAAUGAAAAAUUAUUAAGUUCGGAUCUGCAAUAUCUUUCAAAAAUUGUAUUUAUAAUUUUUUUUAUAUUUUUAAAAAUCUUAUAAAAGCUGCACUGUCCAACUACUCGAACGGGUCAA